CAUUCAGUCUCCAGACACUUCGCCAGCAUGAACACAAUUUUCGUCAUCGGCCAGAUCAUUGGCAUCGCCUCCAUCUCCGUCGCCCUCCUCUUCGCCCUCGCCAAGCUGGUUUCCCGCCGCAGCCGCAGCCAUGUUCAGGACGGUUACGGCUCCGCGGUGCUGAUAACGGGCUGCGACAGUGGCUUCGGGCACCAGCUGGCACGCGUUUUAGACGACAAAGGGUUUGUGGUGUUCGCAGGGUGCCUGGCUCCAGAAGGACCGGGCGCCCAGAGUCUGGCUGAAAAAAGCUCCAGUAAUCUGAAAGUCCUCAAACUGGACGUCACCAUCGAUGAAGAGGUGCAGCAGGCGAAGAAGACGGUCCUGGAGAACCUGCCAGACAAAGGCCUAUGGGCGGUUGUGAGCAACGCUGGAAUCACGGACUGGGCAGAGAUUGAAUGGAGCUCCAUUGAAGAUUUCCAACGAAUGAUCGACAUCAAUCUGUUCGGCUCAAUCCGGGUUUCUUCUGCGUUCCUACCUUUGGUUCGUGCUGCUAAAGGUCGGAUGGUCUUCAUGUCCAGCAUCUUUGCUUUCUUUAACUGCCUGAACAUGGGGGCUUACAGCGUGUCCAAGAGAGGCCUGGAGGCGUUUGCAGACUGUCUGCGGGUAGAAAUGGCCAGUUUUGGAGUGAAGGUCAGCAUCAUCCAGCCGGGUAACUUCGGCCAGGCCACCAACAUCCUGAAGAUGAAAACCGGUUUGGAUAUUUGGGAGAAAUUAGACGGGGAACGUAAGCAGAUCUUCAACCUGCAGUACAUGGAGCUGGCCAACGAGUACUUCAUGUCCACGUGCAAGGGGGGGUUUAAAGACGCCAACAUGGUGAUCGACGCCAUGCUGCACGCCGUCACGUCCUCGCGGCCAAAGUACAGAUACCUGCUGGUCUCCACGGUGGACAUGCUCUUCUUCCAGCUCUUCCCCUUCCUCCCCACCGCCCUCACCGACGCUGUGUUCUCGCUCAGCCCCAUGUACGGCAAGAGAAAAGCAUUGCUCUACGCUAAAUAAGAAGAAUCUCUCUCCAUUUUGUACAUUCUUUUAUGUUUUCUGUGAUCUUGUGUUCAUUUACAGCUGAGCCUUUUCUGUGUAUCCAUUAUCCUUUUCUGUCAGCUGGAUGUAUUUUCUCACCCCCCUAGUGUAAUAUUGUAUAUAAUCGCCAUCAUGUGUGUGACUUUGGUGUGUCAUUUAAAACAAAAACAGUGUCUGUGUUGCACCUCAGUUGAUCUUUAAGAAGCCAGAGGGGCCAAAAAGGUCAUUUAAGUUCAAGAUAAAUCAUUUGGAGCCAGAGUUUGUGACUCUUUCAGGUCUACUACCAGUACAUAAUAAGCCAUUGGGAUGGUUAUUUAUACAAAGACACUUGUCAAGACUUUGCAUGUAUUUAUAUAUUUCCAGUAAACUGAAGACUUUUGUAUAUAACGAUCUAUAGGAAGAGAUUACAAUGUUAGAAAAGAGAAAGAAGUUGAAAUGUUGAGACUCUUGGGAAUAAAGUAUGAAGUCAAAAAUGUUCAGAAUUGUUGA